AUGACUCAUGAGCUGUUGGUUAACUGUAGACCACAAUCAAGAUUGGGUUUAUGGAGGGGCGGUGGGACGAUCCAGAGGGCGGUGCGGAGGAUGGCCGGCGGCCGGAGGAGACCCGGCGCCGCCUCGGCGGACCCGGGGACCGGCGACGCGUCGGCGUCGGCGUCGACCACCUGCUCCGGGGAUGAUACCAGCAUUGGUAGUGCCAAGAGGGAAGGGGCACGAAGGUGCAUCGUGCAGCGGUACAGAUCGCAGCUCGAGCAGGAAGUUAAGAAAUUGCAAAGGCAACUCCAAGAAGAGAUUGAUUUGCAUCUGGUGUUGGCAGAUGCCAUUACAUAUAAUGCGGCACUGAUACUUAAGUCGUCUAUAAAGCUUCCAGACAAGGCACAUGAGCUAUUAAUUAGCUUAUCCUCUGUGGAAAUCGCUAUCACAAAGCUUGAAGAGGAUCUAAACCACCUGCAUUACCAGUUAUGUCAUGCAAGGAAUGAAAGGCUACUUGCAGAAAAUAAGCCAGGAUGCUUGCUACCUAGAGCAUCAGAUUGCCAACCCUCCACAGCUUGCGAUUGUACAGGGCGAGAACCCGAACAAAUGUUAAGAGAUUUGAGAUUCAGAGAUUAUCACCCAGUCGAACAAGAUUUUUCAACUGAACCUGAAGAUCAGCAGGAUGAUGAAAAAGACGCUGAAGAUGGAGAACGGGUAUCUCUAAAUAUGCUGUUAGAAAAGCACCAAGAUGUUUCUUUAACUGGACUGUUGGAACACCGAGAUGAAGAGAUGCAAGAGGCAUGCUCUAUGGAAAAAGAAGGCAAAGAAGAUCAGAAGAUAGAUGUGUUACCAUUUAGCCAGCCAAAUUUGAAGAAAGGCAACAUGAGUGGAAAUUUGUGGAUUAAUCCAAAUCAGCUCUCUGAAGAGAUGGUGCGCUCCAUGAAAGAUAUCUUCCUUCAUUUAUCUACAUCUUCCAAGAUAUCACCAGAGGAGCCUUUUGCUAAUUCAUCUUCAUCAGCAGAACGUCUGUCUGGUUCAACAUUGACUACUUUGUCGGAUUCAUCUGUAAUAGCCUCAGUGCUGCGCAGUCCUUCAAUUGACUUGAACCAUGAUGAUGGUAUUCUUGAUGAAAUCAGAAACUUUGACCCAUACAAUGUUAAUGGGAAGGAAGCACGGAGAGACAUUGGAAGCUAUUGUUCAGUAGCUGAAGUGUCUUGGAUGUAUAUUGGCAAUGAACAACUUGAAUAUGCAUCUGGAGCUCUGAAAAAGUUCAGAUUUCUUGUGGAGCACCUAUCAAAGGUUGACCCUUCUUGUAUGAACUGUGAUGAACGGUUAGCAUUUUGGAUUAACCUGUACAAUGCAUUAAUAAUGCAUGCUUAUUUGGCAUACGGUGUCCCUGAAAAUGACAUUAAGCUUUUCGCACUAAUGCAAAAGGCCUGUUACACGAUCGGUGGGCAGCCUGUCAGUGCAACUGAAAUAGAGUUUGUGAUUCUGAAGAUGAAGACUCCCGUGCACCGGCCACAACUCUCCUUGAUGCUGGCCCUUCACAAAUUUAAAACAUCAGAGAAUCUCAAGAAAUAUUCAAUCGAUGAUACUGAGCCCCGUGUUCUCUUUGCACUCUGUUCUGGGAUGUUCUCUUCACCUGCGGUAAGGAUUUUCUCUGCUGAAAAUGUUCGAGCUGAGCUUCAGGAAUCAAUGAGAGACUACAUCCGAGCAUCAGUUGGUAUAAAUGACAAGGGAGAGCUUAUAGUCCCCAAGUUACUGCAGAGUUAUGCCAAAGGCAUUGUGGAGGACUCUCUGCUUGCCGACUGGAUCUGCCGUCAUCUAACACUAGACCAAGUCGCUGCAAUCCAAGAUACAUCAUCGUCGCAUAAGCAACGCCUUCUUGGAGUGCGCAGUUUCAGCGUCAUCCCAUUUGAUUCAAGAUUCCGGUACCUAUUCUUGUCCAAAAACAGUAGGUGCCAGAACUGA